AUGCCGCCAAUUCCCCCAGCGCAAACCUGCCUCCGGGCAGCGACGAGGUCCACGACGACAUCGCUCCAAAGCCGCCAAAUCCAACUUCCCGCCUCUCUAAACCCCACGAGGGCCUUCUCUACGGCAGCUCCAUCCUUCUACAAACAAACAUCAGUUCCCGGGUCCGAUCUGCGCAUCCCAACGGCCUCCGGCGCCCACCCCGAGAUCCCCCCUUACCCCUACGGCCCGCGACAGACCUACCACCAGUCCAACACAGGCCUAUACGGCUCCGCCUCGAUCCGCUUCGGCAACAAUGUGUCCGAGAAGAACGAGAUCAAGACACGGCGCAAUUGGCGGCCCAACGUUCAACAAAAGCGUAUCUGGUCCAAGUCGCUCGGCAUGUUUGUGCGGACGCGCGUGACCACACGUGUGCUGCGCACCAUCGACAAGGUCGGCGGGCUGGACGAGUACCUUCUCGGCCGGAAACCGCAGCGGGUCAAGGACCUGGGGCCGUGGGGGUGGAAACUGCGUUGGCGCAUCAUGCAGACGCCGGUUGUGCGUGCCCGUUUGGCGGCGGAGCGGGAGGCGUUGGGUCUGCCACCCAAGGAAGAGGCGGAGAUUGCUCUUGAGUCUUUACAGACGUUGCCGGGUGGGGUGGCCGCUAGGGAGGCUUUGUUGGCAGAGACGGAUCAGAUGCUGGCAAAAGAAACUGAGUUCGAGCUGGGCACGGAAGAGGCUUCGGGGACGGCACAGCCAGGGUUCAUGAGCGAGAAGAAGCCGCAACAGUGA